GGAGGCCUUCGGACUGUGUGUGAUUAUGAUGUUGUGGUGGUAGCAUUUCUUGUUUGAAACCUGUUUUGUUUCUUGGUUAAAAAGAAAUUUACUAUUGUUGCUUACCUGCUUUUUUUUUUCUAACUGAGAUAAACACUUACGGUUGGCCUAGGUCUAGGUCCUAAGUUUUAAAGGUUGAUAAUUUAUUUAUUACUGAGUCAUUAUGGAAGGGGACACACCAGAAGAAAGAGAUGGUCAACAAGAAAUGAACCCCAAAAAGAGACAAAUCGAACAGAAAAGACCAACGAAAAAACUUAAGAAAACAGAUUUAAUCAAGCAACCCAACGAAGGUAAUGAUGAUAGUUUACCAUCAAGCCCACAUCACCAGCAGCCAAGUCAAGGAAUCUCUGAUGAUGAUUUCAGAGAAAUAUUAUCAUCCAUGUCAGGAUGGUAUGAUCGCCAUGGAUACAUCAAUAUGCUGAAAGUUUUGUACAGAGACUUUGUAACUGAGCCUAAUAAGCUAUAUGCUGCCACCAAGGUGAUUGAAUUGUUUGAAUUGGUAUGCAGUUCUGGACAUCUGAGUCCUGCAGAUCCUGCAGUACUAUAUGAUACUAUCAAUGUAACUAGGCCAUUUGGCAUGGAACCAGAAGUACGAAAAUUGACAGAGAGAACACCUUUUAAUACCAGGACAGUCGCUAUAUCAAAGUUUGCACCUAGCAGGCUAAAGUUGAUCAAGUUUUUAGAGAAUCUCAAAGACAGUGAUGUCAAGAAGACCUCAAAACUUUACAGCUGUGAACAAAACACUGACAGAUGGGAAUUAUUUGCGGACUUGGAGCAUAGAGGCAGGGUUUGUAAAGAUAACAUGGAUGACGUUAUGAGAAACAUAACAACACAUCUCAUUAUUGAUUCAAAAAAUGACCCUCUUGGGUUGAGGGGGACUGGGAAAGGUAAUAAGGAUUUUGCUACACUAGAAUCUCCAUCUACAGGUAAAUUGGUUUAUACCUUUAAUAUCUCUUCAGUAUUUAGUGUAACUAUCUUAAUCAUAAUUUUUAUUGUUUUAUAGGAUUUUAAUUUCAAUCUUUUUGAUCAUCAUUCAGGUUUAAAUAACCUACAUACAACAAGGUACUCUCACACAUUCUAGAAACAUGCAUACUACAACUGCAUAUGUAUUAUACAAGAAAAUCAUAAAGAAGAAAUGUUUAGAUUAUACUAUGUUUACUUACAUGGCAAUUAAAAUAUAUUCAAAUCAACAUUGGUAAACUUUAAAUAAUAUAUGUGGAUUUUAAGGAUAUGCAAGAUGAUUAAUAAACGUGGGUAAAAAGCUGUGAAAUUUUAGCUUUAGGCUGGGUAGAGAACUUCAAGACUGGGUGACCCCCCUCCUGCCAUAACUACAUCCCUGCUUGGAUACAUGCUGAUAGA